CCUUAUCACACACCAGAAAUCUAUUCCAAUGCUGUGGUCCCUCUCUUAUACCUAUCCAGCCACAGAUUCGGGACUGAGUACCUACACAAACCUAUUAAAAUCUUUCCCUUUCUAGUGACCUCAUCUGUAGUGAAAUGUGAAAGAGCUCUGGAGCCAAUGGCUCUGAUGUGUCAAACCACUUCCUACAUGUGAUGGCACGCUCCCCCACACCGAGCAUCGGGUUUGGUUUCCUGGAUAAAAGACUAAUACCUGAACAGAAAGCAGCCUUUGUUCUUUCCUGUGGAGCCAGCCAAACGAUGAUUUGCUGACCAAAGUCGUCACUGCACACAUGAGUAAAGCUCCCAGGCAGUCUCAUCAGGCAGUAACCUUGGCUUGGUUGGCAACAGCUCAUCGCUUCUGAGAAACUUCACCAUCCUCAGAGGUGUGGAGAAAAGAUGUGGACAAGUUCCAUGGAGCUCAAGUGGCUUUUGAUGUGGCUCUUGUAUGGAUUCAUCAAGGGGAACAAGCCAGAAAAAUGCCCACGUCUUCCAGUGACUGAAUUUGCUGAUGUUACUGCUGAAAAGUAUCCACUACAGACCAAAUUGUACUAUGUGUGUGACCCUGGCUAUUACAGAGAAGGUGGUGCAUUGCCAGCAAUCAAGUGUGAGAGUGAACAGCAGGGUGCCUUUUGGAAAUAUGGAGCAUUUAAAUGCCUUGAUAAGAAAAAUUGGUUAUCAACAGCUCCCACAAUGGAGGUAGAACUUACACAGAAGCCAGAAAGAGAACCAAGGAGUCCUGCACCCCAGAAGAGACAAGAUCUUUCAGAGUUCAAACAAAAAGAUUUCUGUGAUCCUCCCAGGCCUAUUCCACAUGCCUCCAUGARGCUGCCCCAAGACCAUUACGUGGGACAAGUCUUGUAUUUCAAAUGCCAGAGUGGUUAUGAUAAGAGACCCCCCACUUCUGGCAGCAGGACAUGCAAGAAGGUGGAUGGCAAAAUCAUCUGGACCCCUCUGGACAUGAGAUGCACCAAUGACAGCAAMCAGUGGCCACCACAGACUGUUGGGCCAGGUUUGGCCCCUCCAUCCCCUUCCUCAUCAGGAAAGCUGCCAGUGACAGCUGUCUGGUUGGUUCUGUUUAUCAUUCCUGCUGUGUUUGUGUGACUCAUCAAGCAGACAAUACAGUAAG